UCCUGGUCAGACCCACACCCAGUGCCGCUGCCAGGACCCAGCUUCACCUCACUGCCAGUGCCGGAUCCCCGCAGAUCCCGAUCUACACCAUCCCGGAUUCCCCAAUGUCUACCCGGGGCUCCGAGCCGGAGGACAGCUCCCUGAAGCGCCGUUAUUCCGAGCUCUUCUCGCGGCUCGAUGUGAACCGGGACGGCCGCGUCGAUGUCUCCGAAAUACGGGCAGCACUUCAGGCUCGGGGCCUGCACCUAGAGCCCGAGGCCCAGCAGAAAAUAUUUCGUUCUGCGGGCAAAGAAAAUAGCGACCAACUGGACUUUGCAGAGUUUAGUAACUAUCUCCGAAACCAUGAGAAGAAACUUAAACUGGCCUUCAAGAGUUUAGAUAAAAAUAAUGAUGGGAAGAUUGAUGCUGCUGAGAUUGUUGAGUCUCUUAAGUCACUGGGAAUGAAUAUCAAUCUUAAAAAAGCAGAAAAAAUUCUCCAGAGUAUGGAUGAGGACAGGACAAUGACAGUGGAUUGGAAUGAAUGGCGAGAUCACUUCCUGUUCAAUCCAGCAACAGACAUCCAAGAAAUCGUCCAUUACUGGAAACAUUCAACGGUUUUGGACAUUGGGGACAGUUUGACUAUUCCUGAUGAAUUUACAGAAGAGGAGAAGAAGACAGGCAUGUGGUGGAAGCAACUACUGUCUGGGGCAAUGGCCGGUGCCGUGUCUCGUACUGGCACUGCCCCUCUCGAUCGGCUCAAAGUCCUAAUGCAGGUCCAUUCUUCCAAAUCAAACCAAAUGAAUAUGUACAAUGGAUUCAAGCAGAUGCUUAAAGAGGGAGGAGUGACAUCUUUGUGGCGAGGAAAUGGGAUGAACGUAGUGAAAAUAGCACCAGAAACCGCCAUCAAAUUCAUGGCCUAUGAGCAGUAUAAGAAGCUGUUCGCAAGGGACAAGCAAAACAUCACAACCUCUGAAAGGUUUCUCGCAGGAUCACUGGCUGGGGCAACUGCACAAACCAGUAUUUAUCCAAUGGAGGUGCUGAAAACCAGAAUGGCACUACGAAAGACUGGACAAUAUUCGGGGGUAGGAGACUGCAUCAAGAAGAUUAUGAAGAGGGAAGGAUUGAUUGCAUUUUACAAAGGUUAUAUUCCAAACAUUUUGGGUAUUAUCCCCUAUGCUGGCAUUGAUCUCGCUAUCUAUGAGACAUUGAAGAAAACUUGGUUAACUAAAUAUGCCAAGGAAUCUGCCGAUCCAGGAGUGUUUGUCCUGUUAGCCUGUGGCACCAUUUCCAGUUCCUGUGGACAGCUGGCCAGUUAUCCAUUAGCCCUGAUCAGGACCCGAAUGCAAGCGCAAGCUUCACUGGAGGGAUCACAACAGCUCAAUAUGAUGAGUCUAUUUCGAAAGAUCGUGGCUAAAGAGGGACCUUUGGGCCUCUACAGGGGUCUGGCCCCAAACUUCAUGAAGGUGAUCCCUGCUGUAAGCAUCAGCUACGUUGUGUAUGAACGCAUGAAGACUGCUCUGGGGAUCCAGUCCAGCUAAUAAUGGUCACAUCUACUCAAGGAACCGAAUUUCACUCCACAACAAAUCCCAUUCGUAGCUUCAGAUACAGACCGGCAUAAUACAGUUGCCGGAUGCCAUUCUCCUCAUUCAGGAGAGAAACUAGAAAACAUUUCUUCACACGAAGGAUGCCAGAAGUGUGGAACUCUCCCAUAAAGAAGUAACAGAUGCUGGGCUGAAUCCAUAAUUUUAAAUAGGAAAUCACUUUUUUUUGUUAAACAAGCCAAGGGCAUCAAGGAAUAUGUAGCUAAAAUAGGAAAAUGCAGUUAGAAUACAGAUCAGCGAUGAUUCCAUUCAAUGAUAGAGAUGGUUUGAGGGGCGGAAUGGUCUCUAGUUUGUGUUCUUGAUUGCAAGGCUCAGUGAAAUGUGGGGAAACAUUCUGUCUAACAUUAGAACAGAACUUGCAAAGAAAAUUUACAGCCCAGGAACUGGCCCUUCGGCCCUCCAAGCCUGAGCCGAUCCAAAUGUACUAUCUAAACCUGUCACCCACUUCCUAAGCAUCUGUAUCCCUCUGCUCCCCACCUACUCAUGCAUUUGUCCAGACGGAUCUAGUCCAGUCUCGUGACCCUGGACUCUGAUGAAUGACCUUUCGAUGAGCCUCACCAUGGGCCUUGACCUCAGUGCUGCUGAAAUAUACAUUCUGUGAUACAAUAUCAUUUUGCUCACAAGUUCACAGUUGAUUUGGCUGUGCUUUCAGAUCUGAGCAGAAGCACCUUUAUCUGGUGUUAGUCAAAGAAUUGAAAUUUCAAGAUGACAUGCACUUCUUUAAAAACUUUCCAUCUUUAAAAACUGGUGGAAUGUUUACCAAAUCAUUCAGUCUCUGGUAAUAAAAUUAUUCAUUUUUGUUUAGCUUUGCUUUCAUUGUGCAAGUUAUAAUCAGCUUUUGCUUCUGGAAAACAAGCUCCAUAUCCAAAUUAUUUGUAAUGACUGUAUUUUCUCUUCUUCUUGGAUGAUGUGCUUCUCUAGUGGGUCAAGUUACCUAAAGCGAUUUAAACCAGUGACAAUGAAGACAGAAACUUGAUUUUAUUUUCCAAACCAGGUUGUGUUUUGACUGUGACUUAUGCCAGAGUUUUAAACGUAUAUCCCUGUAUUGGUUCUAUUUUGAGGAAAAUAGAAGCUUUGAGUCAAAAAGAUUUUGCAUAUUGAGCAACGUUGAAAAACUGGUCUCAGUACCUGUGCUUUUAUACUUUAUUAUACAUAUAUUGCAUGGAUUUAUUAAGUCAAUAAAUUUCCUGAUUAAUUUGUAA